UAGAACGUUGAAAUUAAUAAUUUUGAAAUUUAAUUAAAUGUAUUUAUUAUGAUAUUAAACUCGAAAAUAUAAACAUAAAUUGGAUUGACGGACGGUGGGACCACGUUUGAUCCUCUAUAACACAUGAAUAAAUGAAAUGAAGUGAGCUAAAAUCAAUCAAUCAACCAACCAACCAACCCACCCACCAAGCCACCAUUAGCCAAUCUCUCUUCUUUGGUUUUAUUUUUAUUCCCACAAGUUAAUAUGAAGAAAUGCUUGAUGACAGCAUGCCUACUUGGAAUUCUUCUCCUAAAGCAAGAAAGUGAUUUGAAAUCUAGGAAAAAAAGGAGUGGGAAUUGAUGAGCAAAAGAGAUCCAUUGGUGAAAGAAGUCCAAUAGAAGAUUUAGUUACAGACAAUAGAAUAAAAACAAAAUCUACUAGUUUUAUUAACAUGUCUCCAAAGCUGCAAAAAGUGGGGUCCAACUAUAACAACUGUCCAACACAAAUGCUUUGCUUAUCUAUAAAAUAAUAUUAAUUAGAUGACUUAAAACAUUAUGCUUUUGUGUUUUGGGUAUAUAAUAUAGGGUUUUGGCUGCUUUACGAAGAUAUGCUCAGAUCUCAUUAAAGACCUUAAUUAGUAUAUAUGCUUAAUUACAUCAUUACCCACUUCUUUUUAUUCCUUUGUUUAGCAACUACUCUCCCCUACUAUUCUAAAAUAGCAUCCUGCAUCCCCAUACAUGGUCAACAUACACAAUAUUUUAUAUAUAAACAUUCUUUUCUUUUUCUAUAAUCUUGUGGGUGGUGGGAUAAUUUCACAGAAGCUUCAUUAAUUGCUGAAUAAUCACAUUUCUAUAAUAAUUUUCUAUUGGUACUGGGUACCCACAGGCCACAGCUACUAUAUAUGGAUAAUUUUUUUGGUGUAUUAUAUGAUAAGCUCAGAUAGAGGACAGUACAUGAAUCCAGUCGUUCAUAGUUGAUUAAUUAAAAUAAUGUUGGAUACGCAUUUUAAGUACAGUGGGAGAUUUGUUGCAAAGCUAGAGCCCCUUCCUUCCAGAGUUUACUAUAAAAGGAAGAGAAGCCUAACAACUAUAUCAAGCUUGAAGAAAGAUGGAUAUGGAGGCUUCUACAAUCCUUUCUUCCACAGUGGACGGAGAAAAUUGUCAUUCAGCUGAAUCCUUUGUUGAGAAGAAGCUCAAAUUAUUCGGAUUUGAGCUUAAUCCAUACAAGAAUGAUGAGAGCCGUUUGAAAGGAUCUGCAGAAGGAGAUGAAAGUGUUAAUUCAUCAAACACUGUUUCAUCUUUAAUGGCGAAACCAAUCAACAAGGAGAAAAGCUCGACAAGUGAGCCUGACGAUAAGAAGUUUGAGUGCCAGUAUUGUUUCAAAGAGUUCGCAAAUUCUCAAGCUUUGGGAGGUCACCAGAAUGCCCAUAAGAAGGAAAGGAUGAAGAAGAAAAGAUUGCAGCUUCAAGCCAGGAGGGCCAGUAUCAGCUGUUAUCUUCAACCUUUCAACAACAACCUCAGCUACAAUCGCCAUGGCUCAACACAGUGGUUCUAUGAUCCUUCCUGCUGCACUCCAGAGUUCACCUUCUAUGAGGAUUCUCACAUUAGUUUCAAUCCCUACGACCAAGAUUCUCACCUUAAUGGAUCUCAGGUAUUUGUACCUGCUCAGGUUCCUUUCCGACAAGAAACUUGUAUGUUCACUUUAACAGAUCCUGAAAGAUCCGGAGAGAACAAGCCUGUUAUCAGGAAACCUUCACCUUUGCAUGCUUCCAAGCAAACCUGUAAAUCUCUUGAUCUUCAUUUAGGCCUUGGCCUGCAAUCAAAUAUAACUGAGAUAUAACAUGUUCCAGUGUAGAUUAACAGCCCGACACCCUUUCUUUCAACUCCUGACAGAUGAAAGAACACGACAGACUGGUAAGAUAACCUCGAAGGUUUGCUGUAAUAGACAUCAAGAAGAUUUUAUUUGGAUCAUACAUAAAUAAAGGCAUCUAUAAUUCAAUUUCCUUGUAUCAAGUUAAUCUUACAAUACAAGCACCAAGCAUUUACACUUCGUGGAUAAUUAGGAGAGCUCACAGAUUGGCUGAACUUAGGCAAAACUCGAGAGUUGAGAUUUUAAUGUAUGCUAUCUUAGUUAUUCAUUUCAGUUUAGUUCUGCCAUUUGUAUGAGUCUCUUGCUGAUUUGAAAUUAGAAAC